CUUGCUGGAUGGAUGGUGCUGGCUGAUAAAAAUGUCAUAUUUACUCACAGAAAUAGCCCUGGAGAUGCUGGGCUACAAGUUCUACGACACCAAUGGCACUUUCCACCUAACAAACUUCCAGAACAACACAGCACAUGCCGAAACCAAUUCCGACGAGCCUUCAUUGUCGGAAUUCAUUGACCAGCCAGAAUCUUCAAAUGGGGAGGCCCAGAUGGAACGGCGCCCCCAAAAUUGGGAAUUGCCGCGGGAACAAGACAUUCAACUACCCAACUUCCAAAAACCGCGUCGAACACCUGCCAAGGCAUUGGCCAAAAUAAUGGAUUAUGAAAGCGACAAGAUUGCCAGUCAAAUCGCAGCUCGUCUGGAGAAGGCCUUCCAGCGCUCGGGGGCGACCGAUGAGGCGGUACUAAGAGAAAUCAUUGAGGAGGAGAAGGCGCUCAUAACCGACGACGCCGCGGGGAUGCGACGAUUCCGAGAAUAUUUGGAGGAACGCCUUCAGCGAAUGGACAAGCAGCCCUACGAAAAGUACCAGCGUACCUUUGGGGCAGAGUAAAAUCAUCAUGUAUUCUUUUUGCAGGCAGUCAAAUAACUGUCAAAUAUUGCGUUAAAAUAUCAAUAAUAAUAAAUGGAAAAUAAAAUAAGAUUGAAACACAAA